AUCACAUUCUGAAUAAUGGGUAGAGUGAGCUCGAGUAAUAGUCUGGUAAGCAUGACGGCCACUUCAAAGAUCGCGACACGGAAGAACGGCUGUAGGAUGUCAAAGGCAGAACUUCGCCACGGUCCAGUGUAUAUCAAUAUUUGAGGCUAUUUGGUUGCGUAGCACGUGUCGAGCAAAAGUUGACUUUCCGGGAAGUAUCGCGGCAGCCACAUACGCCUGCAUCAGUUCCAGGCUCGUCUGGGCACGUCCAACCCGUGUACCUUCCCCAAACGCCCCCUCUUCGCACCUUGUCCUAUCUGGAGCUACGCAGGCAGACGCGAGCACGCGUAAGGACGUUGCCCGGACUAAAUUUGCCGCCCCGACCUAUGUUUGCGCGCGCAUUCUAUGUUUGCCUCGGCCUCGCGUCGGCAGCGGCUCAUUGGAAAGGCAGUGCAACCGCCGACAAGCGCCGGAAGUUGGCGGGAAUUCUGAUGUUCAGCGGAGGCUUCGGAAUCCCUGCGCGAAUCAUUCGUCUCGCAUGACCAGCUCCAGCUAUUCCCAGCACCUGCAAGCUACCCUUUAGCGC